CGCAUUCCCGCGCUUUUGGUUUGGUGGGGAUCGUUUGGUUUGGAAAAUCUUUCUUGUUGAAUCUUGUUCCAGUUGAUUCUGAUUGUGCACUGUUUAUCUCGUUUAACUUUGUCCUGUAUCUACAAAUAAUAUAGAGACAUCAUUACUUUCAAAUUUCAUAUCCUAUUAUUUAAUACUACGUAACUAAUUAUUGGAUAUGGCACCAGUAGCUUCAGGAGCAGGCAGAGGGAAGAAAGAUGGAUCAAAGAAAGUUUCAAAGGCAGUGAAAGCUGGAAUAACGUUUCCUCCAGCGAGAUUUAUUCGGCAACUUAAGAAAGGAAAAUAUGCAGAUAAGAUUGGCGUUGGCUCCGGAGUGUACUUAGCGGCUGUGCUGGAAUACCUCUCAGCAGAAAUUUUGGAAUUGGCUGGAAAUGCUGCUCGUGACAAUAAGAAGUCGAGGAUCAUACCUCGCCAUAUCCAGUUGGCAAUCCGGAACGAUGAGGAGCUCUCCAAGUUGUUGAGUUCAGUGGUACUACCGGCCGGUGGAGUGCUGCCACACAUCCAGCCUACGCUGCUGCCCAAGAAGGGCAAGGAGAUCUCUGGUAACCUGACCAAGGGGAAUAAGUCGACCAACACUUUAUCUCAAGAAUACUGAAGAAACAUGGACUUAAACUCUUGUUACGUAUUGUUUGUACCUUAUUUAUUGUAAGUGUUUGCUUUAUUUAGAUUAGUAAUUUUAACCUUAAUUUGUACAGCUUUUUAUCUUCCUUCAUUCAAGGACUAAUUUGUGAUAAAAUGUUUUUCACUAGAAUCGAUCCUUAGAAGUCCAAAGAAAUAGUUCUAUAUGUUGUAGCCUUACUCUGAGUAAUCUUCCUUGAAUAUUCUUGUAAUUUAAAAAUAGUCAUUGUGCCUUAUAAAGAGAAAUUUCGUCAUUCCAUUGAAGGCCACAUUUGUAUUUAACGUUCCUUACAGAAUAAUGCUAAUGUUUUUUUCCUACAUCAGUUGUUUGUUUGUUGCAUUUAUGUUUAUUGUAUAUAAAUUUGUGUGUACUUCACUCGUAGAUAGUAAUAAUUAAUGCCUUACUUGUUUAACCUUAAUUAAUUGCCUUAGCUUUCUAUUUCCAAAUCAUCACUAUAAUACAAGUCCACUAGGAUUUCAUAUUUUAUUAAAAAAUCUGUUCAAUUUAGUCACGUUACAUCUACUGCAUAAGUUUAAUUUUUAGUAACUGUAAUGUACUAAUAUUAAUUAUAAUGAUUCACAGUAAAUACCUUGUCCUACAAUUUUAUAAUACAUGGUUGUUCGUUAAUUGGAGGUUUAUUGAAAUGGCAUUAGUUAAAAGUGACGAAUAAUGUGAGUUUAUGUAAAAAUAAAAGGUUUUUUUAUAAAUUA